CGAAGUGACGUAAGUUGACAGCGGUCAUCGGCACCGGAUCGGGACGCGCGGCUGCGGAGGCAGAGACAGGACCGGCGUUUUGUUGACGACCAUGGCAGGCCAGUUAAACGAACACGAGUUCUUUGGAACACUGACGCCCUGGGAAGCACGGAUACUGCAGCGUUGCCGGGACAAUAAGACAACGUUGUACGAGACGCCAGUUCUUCCCGAAGGUGCGAGUUUGCACGGUGUUGGGGACUGUCAGCCGUCCGAGCCUUCUCCGUCUCCACCACGUGAUGGCGGCAACUGGUGCGCUUGUGGGAGCUGCACGCGCAUGCCGACGGCGCGAGAAGAUAUCUGCUGCAGAGAUAUCGCCGAGGUGCGGCGAAAAUUGACAGGGUGCAUAACCGCGCAUCCAGAGUUCGGAUCGCUGUGUCUGUCGGCCAUCGUGCUAGAAGUUGUCGGCAUAGAGUACCGGAGGUACGGAAUUUUGCUGGGCAAAAAACGGGACGAGAUACUGCGUCACAUAGCAUAUCGUCAUUUCACUUCCUGGACAUGGGGGCCUCUUCCUCCGGAGGAUAGACGAGUGCUUCCAUCAUGCGUGGUAACGGCGAUACGAAAGGCCUUCCCUUCACGAUCUGGCAGCUACAGGGGCUUUAGAUCUGCAAAAUAAAUAUGG